AUGCAUUAUUACCUUCAGAGACAAAACAUUUUUAUUGGGAAGAGUUUUAGAAAAAAUGCCAGUGGGAUGUUGCUAUUGGUGACUCAGUCGUCAAGGCUGCUUGGGAACAAAAGGCCAAAGAAAGAUAUCGACAGUGGAAAAGCCCCACCUACCCAUAAUGGUGGAUCAGCUUCACAUCAACAAAUUGCUGCUGAUAUGGAGGAAUAUACAGGAAAAGCUCCGUCAUGCUAUGAACUAUUUAUGUUUACUCAUACUAAGGAUCAUGACGGAAAGACAAUUCAAGUUGACAAAGCUAAAGAAGUUCAUGAUUUGUUUGUGUCUCAACGUGCUGAUUUGGCAUUGCUAGGAGAAGAAGUUCCUGAAAGCGAACUAUUUUAUACAACUGUUGGAGGACAUGACCGUAAAAAAAAGUUUAUGGGCUUGGAUCAUAUGGGAGGUCCAUUUUUCGUGAAAACUCCUCUCAAACAUGCACUUCACCGGAUAAAAGUUUUGAAAAACAUCAUCUCGAGACGAAGAUGCAGAAAUUAG